CUUAUAGAUAUAGUCUUUCUUCGUGCUAAUCGUGCACCUUUCUAUAUUCUAAAAAGAAAAAAAAGAAAAGCACCACAUAUGCCUCUUACCUUUUCUAGUUUUCUCCCAUGCUCUUGCUUUAUGUGCCAAUGUAAAGUAUACUUUCAUAGUUUCAUGUUAAUAUAUGUUCAUUUGAAUUAAUAUAAUGGGUCCGUACCCCAUCGAAUCAAUCCCUUCAAACACUUCCUUUGCAUAAUAUUAUUCAAAUAAUUUUCACACGAGCUACUUAUAGAUUGAUUUAAACCAAGGAAGUAUUCCUUAACAAAGAAAACGCGUACAGCUAAUACAGGUGGUAUAUAUCAGAUAGUAACUAAGUGUUUGAAGAGUUCAAAUCAUGGAGUUCGAUAUGUCAUUAAGUCCUAGAGUUAUGUGUGUAGCGCCAUCCAAAACCGGGGCGAUAGCAGAACAAGCAACUGCACUUGUACAAGCUGGUGUGCCUGUCAUCAGCUUGUCUACCGGAGAGCCUGAUUUCAACACUCCUUCACUCAUUGCUCAGGCUGGUAUUAGAGCAAUAGAAGAAAAUAACACAAGAUAUACACCAAUUGCUGGUACAGUCGAGCUUCGUAAAGCAAUCUGUCACAAGCUGAAAGAGGAAAAUGGAAUCUCUUACAAUCUCGACGAAAUUCUGGUAAGUUUUGGAGCCAAGCAAUCCAUCUUUCAAGCAGUGUUUGCGGUUUGUUCUCCAGGAGAUGAGGUGAUAAUUCCUGCUCCUUAUUGGGUGAGUUACCCUGAAAUAGCGAAGCUAGCUGGUGCAACUCCUCUUAUUCUUCAAACAAAUAUGGUUCAAAACUUUCUGUUAGACCCGAAACAGCUUGAGACAAUGCUCAGUGAGAAGUCGAGGUUGUUGAUUCUGUGCUCGCCUUCCAACCCAACAGGAUCCGUUUAUCCUAGGGAGCUCCUACUUGAAAUAGCUGAAAUUGUAGCAAGGCACCCCCGCCUUCUGGUACUAUCUGAUGAAAUAUAUGAGCAUAUUAUUUAUGCACCAGCAAAGCAUACUAGUUUUGCAGCACUACCGGACAUGAAGAAAAGGACCUUGACAGUUAAUGGAUUUUCCAAGGCCUUCGCCAUGACUGGUUGGAGACUUGGAUAUCUUGCUGGUCCUAAGCACUUUGUCGCUGCUUGUGGAAAGAUUCAGAGUCAGUCCACUUCAUCUGCUAGCAGCAUAUCGCAGGCAGCAGCAGUUGCUGCUUUAGGAAUGGGUAAAGCUGGCGGCAAGGAAGUAGCAAACAUGGUCAGUGCUUUCAAGGACAGGCGCGAUUUCUUGGUUAAUAAAUUGAAGGAUUUACAAGGUGUUAAGACAUCAGAUCCUCAGGGAGCUUUCUACCUCUUCAUUGAUUUCAGCUCAUAUUAUGGAUCAGAAGGAAGGUAUGGCACAAUAGAUGGUUCGGAAUCCCUCUGUCGUUAUUUACUCAAGAAAGCUCAAGUGGCGUUAGUCCCGGGAGAUGCAUUCGGGGAUGAUAAGUGCAUAAGGAUUUCCUAUGCAGCAUCUCUGUCCACCCUUCAAGAGGCCAUGCAGAGGAUUGAGAAAGAGCUUGUUCAACUCAAGCCACCAGUUUAAUACUAAGCAAAUACUCUGUAACUUAUGCUCAAAUAUGCUUAUUUGUACUUUUCAGUUUUUGUUCCUUUCAUACGAAAAACUAUGUUAGGGUGCCUUGAAUGAUCUACAAGAAAUAAAAUAUCACCAGCACAAAUAGCAUUUGUUGUACUUGUAUAUGUUGAUUAAUUAGAAGGUUUUGAUAAUCAGUAUUCCAUCUGUUCGGAAUUAGUUGUCACAUUGAACAUGACAUGAUUUUACAUACACUCUUU